CACAACUGCAACACAUUCCCACAUCGAUUCCGUCAUGACCGCGGAUAAAAAGCAGGAAGUUGCAACUGGAUAGCGGGUGUGCAGCAAAGCUUCAAAAGGAAUGGACUGCCUCGCGCUGCCACCUAUGUUUUCCAACCUUCUAACGACAUGACCUGCACAGUGGCAACUCGUCUCCUUCGACCAACACAAUACCUGGCAAGAACGACCCGAACACUCACCUCUGCUUCACGAUUCUUUGAAGCGCCAACAGUUUCAGUUCCACCUCGUACCAGCACAGCCAACCCCAUCACACCACCUCCAACUCGGACCUUCUCCUCCGUCAAGAUGUCCAAGAGCGUAGCGGCCGCGAGCCAUGCCGACUUCCACCGCGCCUCCCUCUUCGACCUCAAGGGCCGCGUCGCCCUCGUAACAGGCGGCGGGUCCGGCAUCGGGCUGAUGAUCACGCAAGCGCUGGCCGUCAAUGGGGCCAAGGUCUACAUCGUGGGGCGCACGGGCGAGAAGCUCGACACGGUCGUGUCCACCUACAACAAGGACAUCGAGGGCGAGAUCAUCCCGCUGCAGGGCGACGUGACCAAGAAGGAGGACGUCGCCCGGCUCGUCAAGGAGAUCGAGUCGCGCGAGCAGUGCCUGUGCAUCCUGGUCAACAACGCGGGCGUCUCGAGCAACACGGUCCAGCCGGAAUCCGGGUCGGCGGCCGAGAUGAAGCAGAACCUGUUCGACACGGACAAGACGACCGCCAAGGACUGGACCGACACGUACGAGGGGGACGUGGUGUCCAUCUACUUCAUGACGUCGGCCUUCCUGCCGCUGCUGCAGAAGUCGUCGGAGCGGCACCCGCACUGGUCGGGCACCGUCAUCAACAUUACGAGCAUCAGCGGCCUGGUGAAGGGCGCGCAGCACCACUUCGCCUACAACGCGGCCAAGGCGGCCGCCACCCACCUCACGCGCAUGCUGGCGGGCGAGAUCGCGUCCGCGGGCCACAAGAUCCGCGUGAACGCGCUCGCGCCGGGCGUGUUCCCGAGCGAGAUGACGGCUGGCGAGAGCGAUGAAUACCAGAAGAGCCACCUGGAGAAGUCCAAAUAUGAGGGGAAGGUCCCCGCGGGCCGGCCCGGGCGGGAUAUCGAUAUGGCGCAGGGUGUGCUGUCACUGGCCUGCAACCAGUACAUUGAUGGGCAGACACUGGUUGUAGAUGGGGGGUAUACUCUGUCGAUGGGGCAGUAAAGCGGAGUGACUCCGUUAGCAGUGUACGACUGUGAUGAUGUUCCGUAUAAUUAGUAGCGAGAAAUUCUCAAUGUAUUGUCGUCUUCGAUUGUCAAAUGUGAACUACGAUAGAAGGCGCGGACCGUGGACAUGAUACAUCACUAUGACACGC